AUGCACGCUAUUGCAGGCAUCGACGUUGACAACUCGAGGUUGUUGGUGUUUGCCAAGUCCAAAAGAGACGUCUUGGUGCGGGUCAAGGCAAACUUUGGUCAUCUGCUUCCAGAUCCUAGAGACUGGAAGGGAUGGAAUGCGAUCCCAGCAAGUUUCUGCAUCUCGCCGGAGCACAGUGACUACGAAAACCAGGAGCUCAUCAGUCUGGAGAUAGAAGCGAAGCCCCGUUCACUCCUGCAAGGGUCUACUAUGCGAGCCCCGCACGGCGAUGCAUUUUCCGGCCGGCGAAUUGAUGUCAAAGCUGGCGUCACGAAUUCACCUGGCCACAGUUCGAGUCCCGACAGACCUCUCGUGACUGACACCUCCCUUAACUUCAACCAUUCGAGCUCCGGUGAAGACUGGAUGAGUCCGGCUUACAUCGAGUUGGCGGGGAAACCGAAAACCUCGGAGCACAGAAAGUCAGACUUUGACUCAACACAAUCUGGACUCGGCUGCAAAGGUUCAGCCAAUGAAGACGUCGUCAACAGCAUAAUGACAAGCAUCAUCAGCAGCAGCCGCAGUAGCAGCAGGAACAAGCAUCUCGCAGCUCAUGAGUCCCGUAAAGGCGGUCAAAAGGGUCAGAUGAAGCAGUCGCGCAGUCAUUUGGGUGGUAGUCGUGCUCCGGCAAGCCUGCUCGAGUUCAGUCAGCCACUGGAGGACGUCUGCCUGCGCGUCGAUCCAGUUCGAGACCCCGGCCGACUGGAGCUCGUCUGCCGAUUGGCUCGGCCAGAGCCGGCGGCUGUGGUGCGUUGGCUCUUCAACGGACAGCCACGACUGCCGCUCCACCUUCCGGUCACCAAGUUCGACGCCCAGACGGCUCGUCUCACCGCGACCGACCUCCGACCGGAAAUGUCCGGUUGGUACUCGGUCGAAGUGAGCACUCCGAUCGCGCUGGGCGGGAGCAGACAAAGGGGCCAAUCGGCCAGCGGCCUGUCGGGCGGAAGCAGACGACUGGAGUCCGAGGCCGGAGCUGAGGCGUGUAGGGCAAUCACCGAGUGCAGAGUUCAAAUCGAGGAUAUCUCAGGGGCUGGUGCGUCUCUAGAGCUGGGUGUGUGUGCGUCUACAUGA